AUGGUGUCUCCCACAUCCAACAUAUCCGAGCACCUGCUCUUGCUGGUGUACGUCGUACUUGCCUACACAGGCAUCAAGAUAAUCUACCGCUUGUAUUUCUCUCCACUGGCCGGAUUCCCGGGUCCACGCUUGGCAGCAGCAACCAGUCUCUAUGAGUUUUAUUUCGACGUUGUGAGAGGAGGCCAGUUCAUGUUCGAGCUGGACCGUUUACAUGACAAAUACGGUCCUGUCCUCCGCAUCAAUCCCUACGAGAUCCACAUCAAAGACCCCAGCUUCUACGACACUGUCUAUGGCGGGCCGCUAAAUAAAAGAGACAGAGUGCCUGCGUUUAUUCACUCGGGAAUGCCCCGGGCAACCUUCGAGGCUGCGCCACAUAAUCUCCAUCGCGAGCGGAGGAAGUUAUUGAGCCCGUUCCUUUCGACGCAAUCGGUGACAGAUCUCCAGCCUGUCAUCCAGGAGAAGGUGGAUUUGAUCUGCAGCCACCUGUCGAGAAGGGUCGGUACGGGGGAGUUCCUGGACUUGCACUCUAUCUUUGCUUCUUUCGCCGUAGACGUGACGUCUACGUAUGUGCUUGGCCCUACGAAUUGCUAUAACUACUUGAAGAACACAGAGAUCACAGACGAAUGGAAGCAAUAUAUCACCAGCAUCUUCGAGGGCCUGAUUCUUCUCAGACAUCUUCCAUUCCUGGUCAACCCGGCACGUGCUUUUCCUAAGAUUGCCACCUUCUUCUUUCCUACCUUCUUCUGGGCUCAAAGAUGCGAAACGAAAAUAGAUAGAACUGUUAGGGCUGCGUACGAAAAACCAGACGAGAAGUCGAUGUUAUCGACUAUUCUCUCCAAUAAGAAACUGCCCGACGAGGAAAAAGAACUCGAACGCCUAGAACAGGAACUGAAGUUUCUGAUCAUUGCCGGGACUGACGCGCCUUCCCAAGUGAUGGCACUCACUAUGUUCCAUCUCCUUUGGAAUCCAGAGAUAUGCCAAAAACUCAAAGACGAGUUAGAUGAGGCUUUCCCGGUUCUGUCCGACGCGGACUGGACUAAGUUGAAAUAUCUUCCAUAUCUGUCUGCUGUAUUGAAAGAGGGUCUACGAAUUUCUGCCGUUGUGACAUCAAGGCUUCCGCGUAGUGCACCAGAUGAGGCUUUGCAAUACGGAAAAUGGACCAUUCCACCUGGGACACCUAUCAGCAUGACCACCCACUCCAUUCUACGAAGUCCCGAAGUCUACACCGAGCCGAUGAAAUUCAUCCCAGAACGCUGGAUGGGUCCUCCCGAGGAAGUUCGCGUACUGGAUAGAUAUCUCGUUCCGUUCGCGAAAGGCAAUUCAAGUUGCAUGGGUCAGAGCAUGGCCUACUCGUGGCUGUACGCAGUGAUAGGUACCGUUGUCCGCAAGUUCCAAUUGGAGCUUCACGAAACCGACGAGAAGAAUAUUCGCAUUGUUCGGGACUGUUUCAAUGGACAGACGGUCCCUGGCCUCAAUUUGAUUAAUGUGACAGUCGCUAAAGAGUUCAACUAG